CAUUAGGUGCGUUUUUUGUAACACUCCCUUCUAACAAGUCCUUGUGAUGCAAGGUGAUUGGUAAAUCAGUCAGUAGGCAGUCACCUGCAGUUAUUUUGAUUCUCUGGAACACGGCCAGUGCCUAUAUCGCAGCUUGCAGGAAAGCAAUACCUUCUACGUCAGAGCGAGAGAGCGAGAGAGAGAGAGAAUGAAAGAGUAACCCUCAUCAUUACCACUGCGAUGACACUUCUGUAGUCUGUGACCACGGAUGCAAACCAACUUCUGUCAACUCGAAUUAUUAAUAAUUAACGGUUUUUGGACCAGUUGCUCGACUGUGAGGACAACAAACAUCUCUUAACAAUUAACCAACCAAUUACAGUCCUGUGAACAUUUCGUGGGUGCGUGUGUUUCCCUUAUGUCCCGAAAAUCGAGCGACAAUGACUAUAAUCUUCGUAGUAUGAGCAACCUGAUGGGUGAGAGGAGGAAGAAAGUGAACGAUGACGGAGAGCGGAGCCUCAUCAAAGCUUCGUCCAACGCGAGCAUCAACAGCCAGGCUGCCGAUGUCCCUGCCAAUGCCAAUGCCACUGCCGCCACCUCCACCCGGGACCUGGAGAGAGAGGCGCGUAAACAGUUCCAGCAAGAUGUCACACCUGCGUUUGUUUAUGUUCUAGCUGCGUUCUCCGCGCUGGGUGGCUUUCUGUUCGGCUAUGACACCGGGGUGAUCUCGGGAGCGAUGCUCCUGCUCAAGAGGGAGAUGAAUCUCAGCGCCUUAUGGCAGGAGGUUCUGAUCUCUAGUACUGUGGCUACUGCCGCGCUGUCCGCGUUGGCUGGUGGGUUGUUGAACGGAGUUUUCGGGCGCAGGGUCUGCAUCCUCCUGGCUAGUUUUAUUUUCACAGCUGGGGGAAUAGUGCUUAGCGCAGCUCCUGAUAAGGAGGUUCUACUGGUCGGACGUCUCAUUGUCGGGCUUGGACUUGGUAUUGCGUCCAUGACGGUGCCAGUGUACAUAGCUGAGACGUCUCCCCCCCACCUGAGAGGCCAGCUGGUAACAGUAAACACACUGUUUAUCACAGGAGGCCAGUUCACUGCCAGCAUCAUAGACGGGGCCUUCAGCUACCUACGCCAUGAUGGAUGGAGGUAUAUGUUGGGUCUGUCGGUGGUCCCUGCGGUGCUCCAGUUCGUGGGGUUUCUGUUCCUGCCAGAGAGCCCCCGCUGGCUGAUCCAGAAAGGCCUUACCCAGAAGGCCCGGCGCGUGCUCAGCCAGAUUAGAGGCAAUCAGAACAUAGACGAGGAGUACGACAGCAUCAAGAACAGCAUCGAGGAGGAGGAGAAAGACUGCGGAGGAGAUGGCCCUGUGAUCUGGAGGAUGCUGACUUACCCCCCCACUCGGAGAGCACUCCUGGUGGGAUGUGGACUACAGAUGUUCCAACAGCUCUCUGGGAUCAACACCGUCAUGUACUACGGCGCCACCAUCCUGCAGAUGUCGGGAGUGCGGGAUGACAAGGUGGCCAUCUGGUUGGCUGGGGUCACAGCCUUCACCAACUUUCUGUUCACCCUACUGGGGGUGUGGCUAGUGGAGAGGGUUGGCCGCAGGAAACUCACCCUGGGGAGCAUCAUUGGUACAUGUCUGAGUCUGUCUCUGCUGGCCAUUGGGUUUCUGCUAUCUGCCCAACACACCCCUCCUGUCACCCUCCACCCCACUGACCCCUCAAUGGUCAACUCCACCUGCAACAGACACCUGCUGUGUGAGCCGUGUAUGCUGGACCCGGGGUGUGGCUUCUGUUACCGUGAGAACAGCACAGCUCUGUUCGCCUCCUCGUGUGUACCUGUCAAUACAGCCUCCACUGAGAAGGCAGCCUGGGGCAGGUGUUCCAACUCGACCCAGCUGAGAGUCAAUACGUACUGGGCCUAUAACUACUGUCCCACCUCCUACUCCUGGGUGGUCCUACUGGGUCUUGUUCUCUAUCUGGCCUUCUUCGCCCCAGGUAUGGGUCCAAUGCCGUGGACAAUCAACUCUGAGAUUUACCCCCUGUGGGCCCGGAGCACAGGGAACGCCUGUUCAGCUGGAGUCAACUGGAUGUUUAACUUCCUGGUCUCCCUCACCUUCCUCCAUGUGGCUCAGAACCUCACCUACUACGGAGUGUUUUUCCUUUACUCCAGCCUGGCUCUGCUUGGGUUCUUCUUCAUCUACGGCUGUCUGCCUGAGACAAAGAGCCGGAGGCUGGAGGAGAUUGAGUCCCUGUUCGACAACCAGCUGUGCUCCUGCGGGGCCACAGACUCUGACGAGGACCGGCAGGUGGAGUACAUCAGGGUGAAGGGGAGCAACUACCACCUCUCUGAUAACGAUGCCUCCGACGUGGAUUAGCCCUAGCCUGAGUGUCAGUCUGUUUGUGCUUUCAUACCAACUCAUUGUCAUGCCAAAUAAUGGCUUUAUGAUGACAGCCAUGGAGUUGGGAAGAACACAAACAGAUCUGGUCCCAGUCUAGUUUGUAACUUUGGCCUUGGAUAUGGUCCUUGUUCUCUCAUCUCAGAAAGUGUGUAUCAAGUGUCUCAGAGUAGGAGUGUUUGAUUUAGGAUUAGUUUAGCCUUUUAGAUCAUAAUUAAUAAUAUUACAUGGACAGGAAGCUUGAUACAGACUCGGGGAGCUACAACCUCCCCGAGUCCUGUUCUCUGGUUUGCCUCACAGUCACGUAGGUUACAUUGCUGCAUCUUCUUCACACACAGGGUAGCUAUUUAUAACACAAGUUACUUACACAUUUGAUUUUGCCAAUGUAAUGUUGUAGUUACUUCUAUAGUUUGAUAAGUGUUCUUUUUGAUUUAUAAACCAUCAUGUAAAUAGUAUUAAGCAUACAUUACAUUCAUAUUUAUCCUCAGCAUUUAGACAUCCAUUUUACUGUUCAUAUGUCGCAUUAUUAUGAAUUUCCAUACAAUUAACAAAACUAUUGCCUUUUCCCUCACAUAAAACCCUAUGAUUAGAGAUAAAACCUCUUCACAACAAAACCUUUAUUGUAGGAGUCCAAACGUCCACCAAAAUUGCCAUGAUAUUACAAGUUUUAAAAUCAGAGAGAGGGAUUGUAAUAUAUAGUGUUGAUACCAGUAUGCCUUUCUAUAUGAAACACAACUCAAAACAAUAUUGUCUCAGCUUAUCCGUAGCAUCACAAAUGGGGUGUCAGACACUAGUAGUACACCUGGGCUUUGCAUCCCAAAUGACACCCUAUUCCCUAUAUAGUGCACUACUUUUAACCAGAGCCUUAUGGGCCUUGGUCAAAAGUAGUGCACUAUAAAGGGAAUAGCAUGCCAUUUGGGACCUAACAUGUUCUCUGUCUAUGAUGAGUCUUGCUUUGCUAUUUGUUUUAUCAUGUUGGUUGAUAAACUACAGUAGCACAUGACCUGUCUUUGUUUUCUUAUUAGUAAACCUAUGGAUUAUUAUGUUAUUUAUUCCAAUGUAUUUUAUUUUUACACCCUUUUUCUCCCCAAUUUCGUGGUAUCCAAUUGUUAGUAGUUACUGUC